CGCGAGGACAUAAUUCCGACCAGAGAAGGCUCAACGGCUGUAACGUUUCUUGUGAGCCGUUAGCGUCAGACAGCCGCAGACGUCAUGUCAGAUCCGAGCGGGGAGGCGAAGCUGGAGGUGAAGCAGGCGAGCAAAGAGGUGAAAGAGAGCGAAAACGUAGCGGAAAAAUACUCUGCCAUGACCGUGAGCAAGAAUAGUGAAAUGAACAUGGGAGAGCUGUCGUCCGCCUUCAGCGCUGUGCCCACUCACAAACCGGUUAAAAAGCAAAUACAGUUUGUGGAGGACAAGCAGGAGUUCAGCAGGUUCCCUACCAAGGCAGGCCGUCGCUCCCUGUCUCGCUCCAUCUCUCAGUCAUCCACAGACAGCUACAGCUCCGCUGCGUCCUAUACGGAUAGCUCUGACGACGAGACCUCACCACGGGACAAAACUCAGGUCAACUCCAAGGGCAGCAGUGACUUCUGUGUCAAGAACAUCAAACAGGCUGAAUUUGGCAGACGUGAGAUUGAGAUCGCAGAACAGGAUAUGUCGGCGCUGAUCUCACUCAGGAAGAGAGCGCAGAGUGAAAAACCAUUGGCAGGUGCCAAAAUUGUGGGCUGCACUCACAUAACUGCCCAGACUGCAGUGCUGAUCGAGACUCUGGUGGCUCUUGGGGCUCAGUGCCGCUGGACUGCAUGUAACAUAUACUCUACUCAGAAUGAAGUGGCUGCUGCUCUGUCAGAGACCGGUGUGUCUGUGUUUGCCUGGAAAGGGGAGUCUGAGGAUGAUUUCUGGUGGUGUAUCGACCGCUGUGUCAACAACGAGGGCUGGCAGCCUAACAUGAUCCUUGAUGAUGGAGGAGACUUGACACACUGGAUGUACAAGAAAUACCCCAACGUAUUCAAGAAGAUCAGGGGCAUUGUAGAGGAGAGUGUCACCGGGGUUCACAGGUUGUAUCAGCUGUCUAAAGCUGGAAAGCUGUGCGUACCGGCUAUGAAUGUAAAUGACUCCGUGACAAAGCAGAAGUUUGACAACCUGUACUGCUGCAGAGAGUCGAUCCUGGACGGUUUGAAGAGGACCACAGAUGUCAUGUUCGGAGGCAAACAGGUGGUCGUGUGUGGGUACGGUGAGGUUGGAAAAGGUUGCUGUGCCGCUCUGAAAGCUCUGGGAGCCGUCGUCUGUAUUACAGAGAUUGAUCCCAUCUGUGGGCUGCAGGCCUGCAUGGACGGAUUCAGGGUCGUCAAGCUGAAUGAGGUCAUUCGCCAGGUUGAUGUCAUCAUCACAUGCACUGGGAACAAGAAUGUGGUGACCAGAGACCAGCUGGACCGAAUGAAAAAUGGCGCUAUCGUCUGCAACAUGGGCCACUCCAAUACUGAGAUUGAUGUGGCAAGUCUCAGGACCCCAGAGCUGACCUGGGAGAGAGUGCGCUCUCAGGUGGAUCACAUCAUCUGGCCUGAUGGCAAGAGGGUCAUCCUUCUGGCUGAGGGACGUCUGCUUAACCUCAGCUGUUCCACUGUCCCUACCUUCGUCUUGUCCAUCACAGCCACCACUCAGGCCCUGGCCCUUAUAGAGUUGUACAACGCUCCUGAGGGACGAUACAAGCAGGAUGUUUACUUGCUUCCCAAGAAGAUGGAUGAAUAUGUGGCCAGUCUGCAUCUGGCCACUUUUGAUGCCCACCUGACAGAACUGUCUGACGAGCAGGCGAAAUACCUUGGCCUGAAUAAGAACGGCCCUUUUAAACCCAACUACUACAGGUAUUAGUCUGCGGGGGAACCACACCUCAGCACACCUAAAGGUGGACGAUACAGAAUAUUACCUGUCCCUGAGACAAAAGAAAGAUUUAUGUAUAUUGUAUUUUAUACUCUUCACAGGAUGCACAGCUUAUAUUUAGUUGUAUUUACUGGCCACAGCAAGUUUCUCCUCUCUUGCAGCUUCCUACAGAACUGCACAGGGCACCAAGCUGGCUAUGAAACGUCAGUGUAACCACAGCACUUGUAUCCGCUGUUUAGGGAGAUUUUUAGUUUCUGUUUCUAUGCCUGCUGGCUCCUUGGUUAUUUUAGAGUUCUGAUAGAUAUUGAAUAAUGUAUUAAUAUAUUGUGCCAAAUGACUGUGACAGAGAAAGGUUUAUAGUUGUUGUGAAAUGUUAAUGGUUAGUUGUGAAAUCAGAUAAAACCUGCACUAAGUGAUACUUUUGAUAUAAACGUUUGAUCAAAUUCACUUCACUUAAAAUUCCAACCCACCUAUAUCUGAAGCUCAGGUCUGACAUAAAGUCCUGGCUGGUGAAGAAAAAUGAGCUCCUAAUGUGUUUCUCAGGAGUAGGUGGACCAAAUCAGAGCUAAAAGGCCAGUGAAUACUGAACUUAAAUUUAUCAGGUGGCCUAAAAUGUGACGUGCUGUGUGUCAGCUGGAUGUUUUAAGUAGGCAAUUUGUUGCUUACAAAUGAGCCAUAACAACUACAAUCUGACUGUAAAUCAGGGCUGUGUUUCUGUCCAUUUUGUUUCCAUCCCAAGUGGUCAAACAUCAUUUAAAGUUUCCUUUCUGCUUCGAUGUGGCAGCAUUCACUUACUUCAUACAUUCCAUCCAAAAGAUACAGAAGAAAUAUUCUCUGUAGUAUCAUCCACAUUACUGAUAAACUUCAGCAGAUCUGGGCUAAAAGAGGAACUUUUUGACUAUAACAAACAUAAAGGGAGCUUUGCAUUUCUUUUCUUGGAACAAUACGUCCAUUUAUGAGGUUUUGGUGUCUGGUAAGAAUAGUAUCUAGUACCUCAGGGCAUUCAAAUAUCUCAAAUACUUUGUAAAUAUAUUUUUAUCAGAUCAGCACUGUCUGACUUUAGAAUCCAUGGCCUCAGUGUCAUUCUCAUGAAAUAAUUAUUUACAGUAGAUUUGUAAACUAGCUUUAGAGAUUUUGAUAGUCUAUGAUCAAAAUCAUCUGCAAGUCAUCUGCAGAUAUGUAUAUUCUGUGUAAAGCUAACUCAAGUCACAGACUAUGUGUUGGACAGUGUUAUAUACAGUAUGUUUAUGCUGUAUUGUAUAUGCAACAGCCUCUGAUCAGCCAAUGUCAUCUUGGUAUUUGCUGGAGUGCAACAUUGAGUUUAUUGUUGUAUUUGUCACAAGACUCUGACCUUGUGUUAACAAGAGGAUGUCUGUUUUUCUAUUGAAUAUUUUAACAACAGAAAAGUAAAUUUAAGUAUUCAAAUGCUCUGGGCCUAAAUGUGAAUAAGCUUAUUUGUCAGCACAUUUAGACAGGUGUGAUAGCUUUACCUUCUGUGUUAUCUUGUGGUAUUGCACCAUUGUUAUAGCUAUAACACAGUGUUUUGUUUUGUUUCCUGGCAGUUUUCAUUGUUUAAACAGCUUAAGCAUUCUUUUCUGAGGAUUGUUAAAUGCACAAACUUAUUAUACCACUUUUACUUCCAUG